AUGGCCUCCCAGGCCCCCGAGAAGGCGACUGAGCCGCCCCAGGAGCAGGCCACUCCUACCCCGCACAAGGAGCUCUAUCCAAUGAACAACUGGACAUAUGAUCUUUUCCUCUACGUCAUGGGCAACCUCGUCGACACUUUCUUCAGGGAAGUUGUUCCUCGAGGCUCAUGGCGAGUCCCUCGGUCGGGGCCUGUCCUAUUUGUGGCAGCUCCGCAUGCAAACCAGUUCGUCGACGCCCUUCUCCUCCAGCGAACCUUGAAGCACGAAGCAGGCCGCCGAGUCUCUCUUCUCAUUGCCCAAAAGUCGGUCCAUGGAUUUAUUGGCUGGGGAUCCCGCCAGGUCGGUUCUGUCCCCGUUGGACGCGCUCAGGAUGCCGCCAAGCCUGCCACGGGAAAGAUUUACCUCCCCGACCCCAUUAACGACCCGACCCUAGUGCGAGGUAUUGGCACCAAGUUUGGCGCAGGCGAGGGCGAGCUCCAGGGCAUGGUCUUUCUUCCUCCGGCCAAAGGCCAGACUGGCGCGAGUGUCGAUAUUGCUGAGAUCAUUAGCCCCGAGGAGAUCCGCGUGAAGCGACCUUUCAAGGGCAAGCUCGCAUUGUUCCAGCUUACGGGCCGCGACGACAUUGACGCAGAAGGCAACUUUACCAAGAAGGACGUGAACGGUUCUGCGCCGGGCUACGAGGGUACCAAGUUCAAGCUUGCUCCCCACACCGACCAGACCAAGGUUUACGAAGCUGUCUUUUCUCGCCUCAGAAGUGGAGGAUGUGUUGGCAUCUUCCCAGAGGGUGGUAGCCAUGACCGCACAGACCUGUUGCCCUUGAAGGCCGGUGUGGCCAUCAUGGCACUUGGAACAUUGGCGGAAGAUCCCAAUUGCGGGCUCAAGAUUGUCCCUGUGGGAAUGAAUUACUUCCACCCUCACAAAUUCCGAUCGCGCGCCGUCAUCGAGUUCGGAGCCCCCUUCGAGAUCCCAUCCCGUGUGGUCGAAAAGUAUCGCAAUAAUCAGCGCCGUGAAGCCAUCGGCCAUGUCAUUGAUACAGUGUAUCAGGCUCUUAACUCUGUGACUGUUUCAGCGCCCGACUAUGAUACUCUGAUGCUGAUCCAGGCGACCAGACGGCUGUACAACCCUACCGGCAAAAAGCUUCCUCUCCCCAUUGUUGUGGAGCUUAACAGGAGGUUGGCGAUGGGUUACGAGAAAUACAAAGAGGAUAAGCGCAUCAAGAAGCUGGUGAAGGAUGUCAAGGAUUACAAUUCACAGCUCCGCUACCUCAACUUGAAGGAUCAUCAGGUCCAAUACGCCCAUAUGUCCAUCUUCCAGGUCAUUUUCCUCACCAUAUACCGUUCACUCAAACUCAUCUUGCUGUUCUUCAGCACGGUACCGGGUCUUGUGCUUUUCGCUCCCGUCUUCGUCGCCACAAAGAUCAUUUCCAUAAAAAAAGCGAAGGCCGCUCUGGCCGGCUCCACGGUCAAGAUCCAAGGCCGAGAUGUCAUGGCAACUUGGAAGAUUUUGGUGGCUUGCGGCUUCGCGCCAGCCCUGUAUCACUUCUACUCCAUCCUGCUCACUCUUAAAGUCUGGCACGACCGCUUCUGGGGUCAUGUCCCUGAGUGGGUUCCUCUUUGGGUUGUCUACUUUGCGGUGUGGCCACUCAUGAUUGGUAUCACAUUCGCAUCGCUGCGCUUUGGUGAGGUAGGUAUGGAUAUCUUCAAGUCUCUCCGUCCUCUGGUUCUCUGCUUGUCACCCUGGUCUGGUUUCAGCAUCCAAAAGCUGCGACUCCGAAGGGAGGAGCUCAGCGCAGAGGUGACGGACCUAAUCAACACCCUGGGACCGGAGAUGUAUCCCGACUUCGAAAAGGUUCGCCUGGUUCCAGACCCAUAUAAAACGGAAACGCCCGCCCCGUCAACCUUCACCUCGCCUCAGUUUGCCUCAACAUUCUCGCCAUUCACACCCCAAAUGCCAUCGUUCUCACCAUAUCCGUCAUUUGGAGGAUGGAGAAGACGAGACAGCGAGGGAAGCAAUGCUGGCGCAGAACCAGAGUCACCUCCCACAACUUCGCUGUUGCGGCGCAGCACAACGACAUCCAGCAGGGCGCUACCCCGUCACGAUUCCUUUAGCAACAUUGGACAGGUUGGCUUCUUCUCCACACGACCACCGUCCCGGUCCAGGUCGCGGUCCAACAGCAGUGGAGGUGGUUUCAAUUCAAGCGGCUUCCAUAUUAGCGGAUUUACUGCGCUCGAUUCCACUGAAGGGUUCAACGAAGCUAGCCGUAAACUCAGAGAGGCAAUGAAGGAUCGCCGGAAGAAGUCUGACAAGGUGAAGAUGGAGGCUGGCGCAGAGGGAGACAACCCCGUAGUCCCUCCUCCCCCGACGCGGAAACCCCCCCUCAAGCAGAAGAUGGCGCUGUCGCUGAAAUCCAUCGUCUCCUCCGUCUUCGGCGGCGCAGGUUCCGAGGGCGGCCCGGCCCCGAUGGGCGCCUUGUUCGCCAAGACCGACCCGGCCAUCGAUGGCGACGCAUGCCUCCACGAUUGCGCCAGCUGCAGCGUCAAGUACCCGCGGGGCUUCAAGAUCAACGAGGACGAUGUCCUGUACGGGCACGUCAAGGCGUGGAGCACACAUCUGCUUGUCGGCACGGGCAAGACCGACUGGGUCAGAGACGUGGCGGACGAGAAGGGAAGCGUGAUGGAGGCCGUCUCCAAGGUGGCCUCACCCACAAACGGGAGGAUGAUGCUAUCGGCAUCCAACAUCCCGACACCGCACAACACGGCCGACUACUCCGAACCGACGACGACCCUCCUCCUCCCCGCCUUCACCUACAUCCACAACGUGACCCCGUCCAACGCCGGCAGCCUCAUCGCCGAGGUC